UCGUUUCUAAAUUACUAACAAUUUGCGCGCACGCAUCGCGUGUGCAAAAGCGGCUUUCUAUACGCAAUGGCAAUGGCAUUGACCUUACGUCCCCUCACCCUUCUCUCUCUCCCCUCUCCCGCAACUAUAACUCUCACUCCCAAUCGCCUACUACGGAGACCCACCCAGCUCUCCCACUCACUCUUCGCCUCUCGCUCCGGCAACAAGCACUCCUCCAUUUCAGUCAUGGCAUCCGCUGCUCGAAAGGUUUUGGUGCCGAUUGCGAACGGGUCGGAGCCGAUGGAGGCGGUUAUAUACAUCGACGUGCUGCGGCGAGGCGGCGCCGACGUCACGGUGGCGUCCGUCGAGAAGCAGCUUGGCGUCGAUGCUUGUCACGGCGUUAAGAUUGUUGCCGAUGCCCUGAUAUCUGAAUGUGCUGAUACCGUCUAUGAUCUUAUCUCCCUUCCUGGUGGAAUGCCAGGUGCUGCCACUCUUAGAGAUUGCAAGAUUUUGGAAAGCAUGGUGAAUAAGCAGGCAGCAGAUGGACGAUUCUACUCUGCGGUUUGUGCAGCUCCUUGUGUGGCACUUGGGUCGUGGGGUUUGCUGAAGGGGAAGAAAGCAACUUGUUAUCCAUCUUUUAUGGAGCAAUUAUCAUCUUCUGCUAUCACAGUUGAAUCACGAGUCCAGCAAGAUGGAAACGUCAUAACAAGUCGUGGACCCGGGACCACGAUGGAGUUAGCUGUAGCACUGGUUGAGCUAUUAUUUGGGAAAGAUAAAGCUGAUGAAGUGUCUGGACCACUGGUGAUGCGUCCCAAUCCUGGAGCUGACUAUGUUGUGCACGAGCGAAAUCCAAUGGAGUGGACAUUUGACACUUGCCCUAAGAUUCUUGUCCCUGUUGCUGAUGGCAGUGAAGAAAUGGAAGCUACUAAUAUAAUUGACGUUCUCCGACGGGCAAAAGCAGAAGUUGUGGUGGCCUCUGUGGAAGAAAAGCUUGAAAUUGUUGCUACUCGGAAUGUGAAACUAGUUGCAGAUGUUUUCCUUGAUGAGGCUCUCAAUUCCUCGUAUGACCUUGUUGUGUUGCCGGGUGGACUUCGGGGGGCCCAAACAUUCACUAAAACAGAGAAACUGGUAAACUUGCUAAAGAAGCAAAAGGAAGCGAAUAGACCUUAUGGAGCCAUAUGUGCAUCCCCAGCUCAUGUCUUGGAGCCUCAUGGCUUACUCAAGGGUAAGAAGGCCACAGCUUUCCCUCCAAUGUGCGACAGGCUGUCGGACCAGAGUGAAAUUGAGAACAGGGUGGUGGUUGAUGGCAAUCUCAUCACCAGCAGAGGGCCAGGAACUUCCAAGGAGUUUGGCCUGGCAAUUGUGGAGAAGUUUUUCGGGCGCGAGAAAGCCCUAGAGCUUGCAAAGGCCAUGAUUGUUGUGAAACCAUAGAUCUCCUACACGGUGUGUUCCCUUCCCCUCCCCACUUCUACGAACUUGGUGCGGGGACUUAUAGCUGAGGUCCAUAUCCUGGUAAGUUAUUAAGUGUCUUGUAUUGUCCUAUAAAUGAAGGAGUUAGAAGUUUGUGCAUGAAUGGAGGAGGUACGCAUUUGGACUGCCUGGUUUCACCUUGUGAUGGCAUAUGGUGUUUUUCAACUAUUUGCUCGAUAUUGUCAAAACGUUGGUGUCAAGGUUUUGUAAUGUAAGUCAUAAAGCUCUCUUGUAUGGCUAUCUUUUUUCCUUGGAUUGUUACAUCUAUGUUCUUUUCUUUGGAUCACAAACAAUUAAAUUUCUGGGUGGACUUCUUCU